AUGAAUCGCCUAAAGCAAGGCGAAGUGAACCUUGGUACAUCAAUCAUGGCAGUUGCAUAUAAAGGAGGAGUGGUACUCGGUGCUGAUUCAAGAACAACAACAGGAUCAUACAUUGCCAAUCGUGUGACCGAUAAACUAACACAUAUCUCAGAUCGGAUCUACUGUUGUCGUUCAGGAAGUGCUGCAGAUACACAAGCAGUUGCAGACAUUGUCACAUACUACCUUUCUAUGUUUUCCGUUCAACAUGAUACCCAACCAAAAGUAGACACAGCCGCACAUUUGUUCUCAGAGAUGAUUUAUCAAAACAAAGACAGACUAAGCGCAGGUAUCAUUGUUGCUGGUUGGGAUAAACAUGCCGGUGGUUCGGUUUGGAACGUUCCAUUGGGAGGUGGUGUAUUCCAACAGCCUUGGGCGAUCGGUGGAUCAGGAUCAGCAUACAUUUACGGUUAUUGUGAUUCGACAUGGAAAGAAGGUAUGACAAGAGAAGAAACUUUGGAAUUCGUAAAGAAUGCUCUAAGUUUAGCAAUGAGCAGAGAUGGAUCUUCAGGUGGAACGAUCAGAAUGGCCGAUAUCUCGGAAAAAGGUGUUGAACGAUUCUUUGUCCCUGGAAAUGAGCUACCACAACUCAGCUCAAAGAUUGUAUAA